UCGUUGCCAUUGUGACAGUGUGUGGACUUUUUAUUUUUCAUAGAGUGUGCGCUUCGGACAAUGUAGCGACCAUGGCCCUCGUUGUUGAGCGAAAACAGCGCAACGAAAAGAUCACGGUAAGCUUCCCUACCGACGCCGAAGGCGACCCGAGACGCCGGGAUCGCUACUGCGUCGAAGACGCGGCGACAGCCCCUCGACUCGGCUCGCGUUCACGCCGCUAAGCCUAACGGUGCUCCUCGAGCGACACUACACCACACUGCUGGAUGCGGAUUUCGGACGCCUCCUCCUCCUAUCCCACAUCGCCGAUUUUUCCCGUUUGUUGCGAUUCGCUCGAUCGCGAAGGAAACUCCAGGAACUUUUGCCAUUGUGUAUCGCGCGAUUCUAGCGGCGACUAGCUACGUUCGUUUGCACCGAGAAAGAACAAAAACUGCGUUGCGUCCCUUAACACCCCCCCUCCCCUCCUGGCUGGCUACCCGGAUUAUGUGUGCAUAAUCCCGCUUCGGUGAUGACUCCAGCGGACGUAACGCCCAACUCGUGGUGCGUAAUGCGCGACGUCUACCCAGUUCGCGAGUGCUGCCGCUAGGACGCGCGGAGAGGGGCGGCGUGGACGGCGUAGGGGCCCAGUACGCCAGCUCCCCCCAGGUUCCCUGGAGGGGCAUGGCUGAUCCAGCCGCCUACCCGGGUUGUGUUGGACAGAGCAUGAACUUUGCAGAACACCCCUAUGAAGGUCGUGGGCCUGGUCACUGUCAAAGCAGUGGUGGGGGCUACCCGUACCCGGCACAGUAUCGUCCCCACCCGAGCUCUCCGCCGGCAUCCUACGGUCCACCACCGGGCCAGCACUGUGGCGGCAGUUACGGCAACGGCCCCAUGCCGAGCAGCCCGGGGCCCUACCCGCGGCAGCCGUAUCCUGGCGCUGUGCCUGAGAUGCGCUACGGUCCUCGUCACUCGGCCCCACCUGCAUAUCCGGGCUCCCCGGCACCACUCUCAAAGCCACCAGGCGCGUGGGAUCACAGCAUGGGCGGCGGAAACUAUGGUACAAGGCCGGUCAUGAUGCAGAGUCCACCACCGAUCCGCUCGCCUGUCAGCAGCGCGCAGACGCUGCACUCGAUGGGAAACUACCGGACAGUAGUACCACCGGGGCCUGCUGGCCCUCCCAUGGGCGUGGCCCCACCCCCUCCACAUGGCAAUGUGCCGGUCUCGCAGAGUCAGUCACCGUCAUGGUCCCAGUCACCCAGGACAACCCCUUCCCCACUGGCCUGCCAUGCGCGGUCCCCAGCCCCCCCGCAGCAGCCGCCCUUCUCUCCACCGACGCCUGCGCCCACCCCGCAGCUCCAAAAGCCACCCUCGCCGAUAUCCGGCUCCCACGAUCCGCUCCAGUCGCUGGAGAAAAUGGUUCUUUUGGACCCGCACAAUAGCGGCGGUGGAAACGCAAACUAUGGCGGCAUGCAGGAGUCCUCUGGCUACGGAUCUACUCCGGGUGGUGGCGCUGAGAGUGGACCCAGCUCGCCUUAUCCGACUUACUACAACCUCGACCAGAACCGGAUGUGCACCCCGCCGGAUCCGGGGCCGCCGUACGGCAUCGCGAACUUCGCUGCCACGGGCGCCUACCGUACGGUGCUUCCCAACAUGGACAACCAGGCUCUGCGGAGUGAAAGGACCAGUAGUGGCGGCAUUCCCGCACCUGCUCCGCCUCCUGGUGUGUACCCUCAGCCUGUUGUGAACGGUGUGAGUGAUGGUGAUUUCGGGACGAGUAGUAGUCCAAUGGCGGGUCCUCCGCCCAGGGUCAGUGAAUUUGACCGACCGUACGGUGGUGCAGGACCACAGGGCGGAUCACCGCCCUGCGACGACCUGACAAAGCGGCGGCGGAGUUCGGACAGUGCGCUGUGCAAUCGGCCUUCCAGUGUUGGAGUCCCCGGACCAUCGGGGGCGACGUCGGCUUCGGGUGCAGUGGACAGUGGGUGCAAGCUCAGGCGGCGCAGUGUUGCGGGUGUUCCUGAUGCAAUGAGUGCGUCACCGGGGCCCCUGACAGUUAUGCCAGGCGAACCAGCACAGAGGGUGAAAACAGAACCAGAAGUGAGCAUGUCAGAACCAGAGCAUGUGCCAGUGAGUGAUGUGGUGUGUUUUAGUGGUACAUCUGCUGCUACUACUACUAGUGCUGCCACAACUACUACAAGUGCCACCGCCGCUUCUUCUGUUGCCACUACGCCAGCUACGCAACAGCCAUCGCCAACAAAGCGCAAGAGGGGUCGACCCUUUGGCGCAAAAAACAAGGCCAAGGACGCGGCCACCGUGGGCAAGCGGAGACAGCGCAAGGCGGUGGCGACGGCGCACCCGGUGCCUGCUGCGGCGCCCACCACAGCGGCUGCAGCGGCAACGACAACGAAAAUUCGCACGCCCACGACGGGACCCUACAUUCGUGUGUUCGGGACGCGCGAGCGCCCGCUGUCAUCGCACAUCAUAAACGUGGCCCCACGCACUGUGCCAGAGGACGAGAGCAAGCGGAAAAAGGUCAGUGCCCCCACCCGUGUAGGACCACACCACGCGACGGGUCGUCGGCUUGCCGGAUCGGCGGCGCACACAAGCACGUUGUCACCCCACUACGACGCUGUGACGCGGGACCCUACGUGGUUGUGCGCGUUUUGCCUGAAGGGCAGCCAUCACCAAGGGCUGGGUGACCUGUACGGGCCAUACCCGGGCACCGUGGUGCGGCCGGCCGAGCCGGAACCGGCGAGCUGCCAGGAAGAGGUGCUACGCAGGGGCAGGGCCACCAAACGGAAAAAGAGCGACUCGACCUCGGGCACCGAGGAUGGCUCCACACCGCGGCGAUGCAGCCGGCAGCGGAGGCCCAGUGAAGCAGAAAAGGAAGCAGAGGUGUCCAAGGAACUCUGGGUGCACGAGACGUGUGCCACCUGGUCCCAGGGGGUGUACCUCGGCGGGAACCGGGUGCAUGGACUGCAAGAAGCCGUAGCCGAAGCCGCUCACCUGGUAUGCUGUAAGUGCAAGGUCGUCGGUGCUUCUCUCGGCUGCAUCACCCGGGGCUGCAGCGAAAAAUACCACUACCUCUGUGCUGUAGAAAAAGGUUGCCAUUUGGACACUGAAAACUUCUCCAUCCUGUGCUCUAAACACAAGAAACCAAGUGCACACCCCUCCUAAGCAGUUGCCGGUGGAAAUAAAACCAUAAAAGAUUUCCAGCCUCUGUAGCAAGGCCCCCGUGUCGUUGCUUUGAGCAAGUUUCCAAGUCCUGUUGCCAAGGCAUGCGCUGCUACCGUUUCCAAGCUGUGGGAGGCUUGGAAGGAACCUCAUCAGAUACACUCCCACUACUCCCAGUGUUUGCUGUAGACAGAAGUAAAAAAAAAAAAAGAGAUAGAAACUGUGGAGAAAGUGACUGAGCUUGGUUUUCACUGAAUGUCACCAGGGGGCACUGUGUUGUCCUGACAAGGCCAUCGUUCAUAAUCUGCUCAAACUUGUUCUGUUAUUUUUCUUCUUUCUUCUUCUUUACCUCUCGAUUGGUGGUGCUGCAGGAAUAGUCUCUCCUCAUGAUUACCGUUGUCAGUGAAAGUACAGUAUGGUACACUCGUAAAGGGAACGCCUAACUGGUCCUGCAAUAUUUCAACCGUGUCUCAACAAAGCGACUGACAUGACGCAUUAGGCAGACAUCUAUGCUUGAAAAAUAAUCCGCAGAGUUUCAUUGCAUACUUCGGCUGUAAUUAAGCCCGGGAUGCUUGGGUGUUUUCCUUAAAAGUGAUCUAUACUGUACAGUUGGCCACAAAAGCUUGCGGGACACUAGUUGUAUGACAUAUGUGAAUUUCUGAUCUGUUAAGGCACGGCGCUUCUAAUUUAAUGAAUCACUGCGUAAGUCGCAAGAAUUGGCACAGAUUGAAACACUUUAAAUUGGAGACUGUGUGUCCAGUCUUCAGAGAAAUUAGCCUUUGUGCAAAUGCUGCAGUCCUGUAGACUUUUGUGGCUGACUAAAUACACAAAGCCUGCUCUCUUCAGUUGAUGAGUGAGACGGUGUCUGGUGUGACCCGUGUAAGUGUGUCUGUGUAGAAGACUCAAAAGUUGUGCACUGGUCUGCAUGCCUCGCCGUGGUGGCAUUUGCCGCCGUGUCCUGUGGUUAACAGAUGGUGCAUGUGUGUGUGCAAGUUUGUGGGGCGCUUCCGUCAAUAAAAGACGAUCGGUGGAACGGGCAGUCCAGGCCCGACAGGCGAGAUUUCGUUUCUGGGAGCGGUUCUUAUCCGUUCUUCAAGGUGCAGUUGGGUAAAAUGCUCCUUGUGUCCUCUAGGAUUUCUUUUUCUUGUAAACGCUGUAAAUAUUACCGUGCAAGCUUUUUCUUGGCUAAGUUCUGUGAUGGUCGAAUGUUGCAAGCAGCAGACAGUGACCUUUUAAGGUGAUUUGCAAGUCCAGACCGUCUAAAAAUGUGGAACUUGAAUUUUCGUGCCCUGUGAGAUAGUUUCUUCUACUUCUUCUCUCUCUCUUUUUUUUUUUUUUUUAAGUGAUAAGUUUGCAAGUUGCUGCUGAAAUAGUGGUUGUAGCUGUAUUUGAUACAUAGUGAAUGUUGAGAAAUCGCCUGCGACUACCUAUGUUUUUGUGACCUCUGUCGACCAUUUGGGUGAUUUGUGAAGCAGGCGCCUCACGACUAAUAAAGUGCAUUUCCAACAGAGGAAACAUUGCAAUGACAGUUUGUAAAAUGUAAGUACGUCGCAUUUUGUUUUUAUUUUCAGUGUAGACAUUUCAAUUGUUUGUAACAGGUGUAUGUCUGUGCUGUUUGUGCAUAUUCUGACAAAGUGUACAGUUGCACUGCUGUAAGCCUUUUUUUUUUCCCCGACAAAGUCGUUGCAGCUUAUACUUGUUCCGAAGAGUGCUUGCUUUGCAGUUUUUCCUUUCCUUUCGCUUUUUCUUUUUUAAUGUUUGCGGUCAUAUUGCAUUUUGGAAGUGACUACGGCAAGUGCAUGCAUGUAGAUUGAAUGCCAUGUCUUUUCAAAGUAACACUGCAAAGUUUAACGUGUGGCACCUCUUGUGGAUUUCGGCACAGCUUUACAAUAUAGGCAGUUCUGUCUAUGGAAAUACUACUAAGAUUGGGCCUGUGGAAGAAAAAUGUUGCAAGAGUGGAAACGGUGCCAAAAAUAUUUCUUUUUUUGUUUAGAUGAAUGUUGAACCAUUUUGAAACUUUGAUAUCUUGCAACGGGACAGGGAGGGUCAUUGUCAGCUUAGGGGUUUGCUGUAGUCUAAGUAGCACACCAGCAAUGCAUGUGCAUCUAGCCCUGUGUAUAUAACCCGAUGUGCAGAACCACCUGUUCCCUGCCUACCCUUCUGCCCGAACCACAAUGCGCAGCUUCUGUCAAAAGUAUGCGUGCCAUUGGAAUGCUCAGGAUAAUUUAGGAAGACUCUGAACUGUUCGAAGCACGGAGAAGCUCCAAUGGCCCGCAUGAUUUUGGAAAAGGCCCUUUGAUCUAGCUGCAAAGUAAGACUAGUAUAAAUGGCUAAGGUUUGUUCAUGGCUUGGUGUAGUCGAUGGUGCUCACUUGUCCACGAAUCCAUCUCCUGUUUAUAAUGCACUUCUUUGUGGCAGCCUGUGCUGCUUCUGCUUCGGGAAGUUUGCAGGUCAGUCUUAACUUCUGCCCGGACCCCCCCCAUAAAGCCUUAGGAUGGCGGGAGCCAAUUCAUUUGAGAAAAGGAAGUGCAUCUUUGAAGGUUGCAACAAGUGUUAUGGCAGUUGAGUUCGGUCGAGUUUUCAGUCGUGGCUGUGUGGAGUUGCGCUGUCGAUAUUUUCUAGAUCUAAAAGCCGGUAAAUGACCCUCGUGUGCCGAAAUGGACCGCCCGGGCUUCCGGUUUGUUUUUUGGCAAGACAAAAGAUCAUUCCCUGUGUGUCGUGGUCAGUGGUGUCUUCAUAGCUUCUUAAUUCGUUUUUGGAGUGCGUGUUUUCAAGCUGCAAAAACGUUUCCUCAAUGACUGAAUCUGGAUGACUGGAGCUGCAUGUUUGUUUCGAGAGAGAGACUGUGUCAUUGCAGACAGUGACCUUUGUGUGCGUGUGUGUGCGGUGCUGUAUUGGUCCUCUUCUGUGAACCUCUCUUCCCCUCUUCUUGACGGCCCCCUUUGAUGCGUUAGUUUACCACGAAGUGGGAAUCGGCAUUUGCAGCCGCCAUUCAACAUGUUCGUUUUGUGUGCAACUCUGUUGAUGUACAUAGUUUGCUUGCUCUGAGGAGAACAAAGCGUGAAAAAAUAUAAAAGCGGUGGCAGGCUGUGAUGUAAUAAACAGAGAUGAAGCUUGUCCAAAA